GAAGGUUACAUCUUUCAUAACUAUACCACAGUAACCAUAGAUAGCAAAGGGACAUCGGUGUUCAUCCAGACUGACAAGCCUGUCUAUAAACCCAAGCAGAAAGUGCUGAUAAACCUGUUUAUGGUCACUUCUGACCUGCGACCGAUCAAUGAGAAGAUUGAAGCCUACAUAGUCGAUCCUCGGGGGUCUCGGAUGAUAGAAUGGAGCAAUCUGAAGCCAUUUUGUUGUGGUAUUGUAAAUAUGAGUUUCCCUUUGUCUGAUCAGCCAGUAUUUGGCGAGUGGUUUAUCUUUGCUGAAAUGCAAGGGCAUGCAUACAACAAAUCCUUUGAAGUUCAGAAAUAUGUGUUACCAAAAUUUGAGCUGUUGAUUGACUCACCUCUCUAUAUCCGAGAUCUUGCGACUUGUGAAAAGGGAACUGUCCAUGCCAGAUACACGUUUGGGAAACCAGUGACAGGAAAGUUAACUGUCAACAUGACUAUAAAUGGAGUGGGGUACUACCGGCAUGAAGUGGGACACCCUGUCCUCAAAACUAUAGAGAUUGAUGGCUCUGCUGUUUUCGAUGUGUGUGUGAGAGACAUGAUGCCAGCUGAUGUCCCAGAGCAUUUCCGAGGCACGGUCAAUAUUUGGGCCACUGUGACCAGUUCUGAUGGGAGCAAGCAGGUCACGUUUGAUGACUCAACGCCUGUUCAGAAACAGCUGAUUGACAUCAAGUAUACUAAGGAUACUAGGAAGCAGUUCAAACCUGGCCUACCCUACAAAGGGAAGGUAGAAGUCACUUACCCUGACGGGAGCCCUGCUGACGGGGUCACAAUUCGAAUCAAAGCUGAGUUAACUCCAAAGGAUAACGUUUACACAAGUGAACUGGUAUCCAGAAGAGGCUUGGUGGAGUUUGAAAUCCCCUCUAUUCCUACAGCUGCCCAGUAUGUCUGGCUGGAGACCAAAGUGACAGCAAUUGAUGGGAAACCUGCAGGGGACCAAUAUCUGCCAAACUACUUGUCUAUCAGCAGCUGGUACUCACCUAGCAAGUGCCAUAUCCAGCUCCAAGCACCAGACAAGCCUUUCCAGGUGGGAGAGGAGGCCCAGAUCGCAGUGAAGUCAACGUGUCCAUGUAAUUUCACUCUACAUUACGAAGUUGCAUCGCGAGGUAAUAUUGUCCUUUCAGGGCUGCAGCCUGGUAACAUCACACAGCAAAGGAGCAAAAGAGCCACAUUCCCCUUUGAUAAGAACAUCCAUGUCACUCAUUUCCCAGGAACAGCACCUACCAACCCCCCUGCAACGGAGGUUGAAGUCUGCAUGACCUUCCUCCAUUUCAUGGUGGCUCACAGCAUGGCUCCUCUGGGCCGUCUCUUGGUGUAUUACGUCAGGGAGAAUGGAGAAGGGGUCACAGACAGUCUGCAAUUCACUGUCAAGUCCUCCUUUGAAAACCAGGUUUCAGUGGCACUUUCAGCAAAUGAGACAAGGCCUGGUGAUGUUGUGAACCUCAAAGUUAAAGCCGCGAAGGGAAGCUGUGUCUGCAUUGCCACGGUGGAUAAGAGCGUCUACCUUCUCAAGACAGGUUUUCAGCUGACGUCUGCCCAGGUUUUCCAGGAGCUGGCAGAGUAUGAUGUUUCUGAUGCCUUUGGGGCUCCCAAGGAAGAAGGGCAUUUCUGGUGGCCAGGCAUGUCCUCACGCAGACGCCGCCGCUCCUCUGUCUUUCCCUGGCACUGGGAUAUCACCAAAGAUGCCCGCUUUGCAUUUACAGAAACUGGUUUGGUUGUGAUGACUGAUUUAGUCAGUCUAAACCACAGACAGAAUGGAGGCAUGUAUACAGAUGAGGCCGUGCCAGCCUUUCAGCCUCACACUGGGACACUGGUAGCUACCAUGCAUUCUAAGAUUGUACCCAGAGCAGAGAAGAAAAAAAGAACAUUCUUCCCUGAAACAUGGAUUUGGCACUGCCUCAAUGUCAGUGAUGUAUCAGGAGAAGCACAGCUGCAUGUGGAAGUGCCUGACUCAAUCACUACAUGGAUAACAGAGGCUGUGGGUCUGUCUGAGAAGAAAGGGCUGGGACUUGCCAAACAAACAGAACUGAAGACAUUUAAACCUUUCUUCAUCGAUUUCACCCUGCCCUAUCAUGUCAUCCGUGGGGAGCAGACCAAAAUCCCACUGACUGUCUACAAUUACCUGGCUGUCUGCAUAGAGGUUCAUGUGAAGAUUUCAGUUCCAAAAGGUAUAAAGUUUGUUGGACAUCCUGGGAAACACCAUCUGACAAGAAAGAAGUGUGUGGCCCCUGGAAAGGCCAAACCCACCUCCAUAGUCUUAUCCUUCAGUGAGCUUGGACUAAGCAACAUCACAGCAAAAGCAUUUGCUUAUGGUGGAACAAACUGCUGCCAGGAUGGGAUGCAGAUCCUAAAGAAUGGCAAGCACUCAGAGGACAAUUACUUGGACAAAAGGACCCCAGUUGGGAUAGACUAUGUCCGUAGUAGUGUUAUUAUUGAGCCAGAGGGAUUAUCCAGAGAAUAUACCUACAGUGUGUUCUUCUGCCCCAAUGAGAAAAUUCACAUUUCUACACCUAACAAAUAUGAGUACCAGUAUAUGCAGAAGCCUGCCCGGAUGACUCAUUUUGACAUUGCAGUGAAAGCACACAAUGAUGCUCAUUUUGCCUUGUCCUCUGGCCCACAUGACAUGGCAGAGAUGACUGAGAUUGUCAUUGGUGGGCAUCAAAAUGCUAAAACAUGGAUUUCUACUAGUAAAAUGGGUGAGCCAGUUGUCAGCACAGACACAGCUGGCAUCCUCUCUUGGGAUGAAUUCAGGAGCUUCUGGAUCAGCUGGAAAAAUGGAAUUAUUCAGGUUGGCUAUGGUACUCAGAUGCUAAAUGAAUCCAUUAUUGUGGAGUGGGCCAUCCCCAAACAGCCCGAGGUGAAGUACAUUGGCUUCUCCACGGGCUGGGGCUCAAUGGGAGAGUUUAAAAUCUGGAGAAAAGAAGAGACUGAUGAAAAUCACAAUGAAGCAUUUACUCUUGGAGUUCCCCACAAUGUGAUCCCUGGAUCAGAAAGAGCUACUGCCUCAAUAAUAGGCGAUGUAAUGGGCCCUACGCUUAACAACUUGGACAAUCUUCUACGAUUACCAUUUGGAUGUGGAGAGCAGAACAUGAUCCAUUUUGCUCCCAAUGUCUUUGUCCUAAAAUAUCUCCAGAAAACCAAACAGCUCAGCCCUGAGGUGGAGAGCGAAGCCACAGAUUACCUGGUGCAAGGUUACCAACGCCAGUUGACCUACAAAAGACAAGAUGGUUCAUACAGUGCUUUUGGCGAGAGGGACUCCUCAGGAAGUAUGUGGCUAACAGCCUUUGUUCUCAAGUCCUUUGCGCAGUCUCGUGGGUUUAUUUUCAUCGAUCCCAAGGAAUUAACAGCUGCAAAGGACUGGAUCAUCCAGCACCAGAAGGAAGAUGGCUCGUUCCCUGCUAUGGGUAGAAUAUUAAAUAAGGAUAUCCAGGGUGGAAUCCAUGGCAAGAUCUCACUGACAGCAUAUGUGGUUGCAGCUCUGUUGGAGACGGGCAUCACCUUUGAGGAAGAAAAAGCAGCAGUUGCCAAAGCAAAACACUUCUUGGAGUCCAACUUGUAUUCUGCAGAAGACCCCUACACCACAGCCCUGACUGCAUAUGCCCUGACUCUUCUCCACAGUCCCUCUGCUGCAGUGAUGUUGCGGAAAAUGAACAGCAUGGCCAUUAUGCAAGAUGGCUUUACACACUGGAGCUUAAUGGGGACUCUGGUUACUGAUGAAGAUACAUUCAUGGGAUUUAACGAUGGGCUUUCUCAAUCAGUUGUAUCUGCAGAAGUGGAAAUGACAGCCUAUGCACUGCUGACAUACACGCUCCUGGGAGACGUGGCCUCUGCACUUCCAGUGGUUAAAUGGCUGUCGCAGCAAAGAAAUGCACUUGGAGGAUUCUCAUCCACUCAGGAUACUUGUGUAGCUCUGCAGGCUCUGGCUGAAUAUGCCAUUCUUUCUUAUGUUGGAGGAGUCAACCUUACCAUUUCCCUGGCUUCCACUAAUUUAGACUAUCAAGAGACUUUUGAGCUUAACAAGAUGAAUAAGAAGGUUCUCCAGACUGCAGUGAUCCCCAGCAUUCCCACUGGGCUGUUCGUAAGUGCCAAGGGCGAAGGCUGCUGUCUGCUGCAGAUUGAUGUCACUUACAAUGUGCCUGACCCUGUUGCUAAACCAGCUUUCCAGCUUCUGGUUAACCUGAAAGAGCCCAAAUCAGAAUGUCAUCGGCAAACUCAGCACCCCCUACGGCCCCUCUCUCCAGAUGAGAAUCGCUCAGAAGCCUCCCACAGAGAUCGGGCACUGGUGGAUGAUGAUGACCCAGCUUCUGAUCAAGAUCACCAGGAAUACAAAGUGAUCCUGGAGACGUGCACUAGGUGGCUGCAUUCGGGAUCGUCAAACAUGGCUGUCUUGGAGGUGCCCUUGUUCUCAGGUUUCCGAGCAGAUAUUGAGAGCCUGGAGCAGUUAUUAAUGAACAAGCAGACUGGAUUAAAAAGAUAUGAAGUUGAUGGAAGAAAAAUCCUUUUUUAUUUUGACGAGAUUCCUAGCCAAUGCAUGACCUGUGUAAAAUUUCAAGCCUUCAGAGAGUAUAUAGUUGGGAAAACUGCCCCUGUCCCCAUCAAAGUGUAUGAUUACUAUGAGCCAGCUUUUGAAGCGACUCGUUUCUACAAUGUGAGUGAAAACAGCCCACUGGCUCGGGAGCUCUGUGAUGGGCCAACGUGUAAUGAGGUGGAAAGCUCAGCCAGUCAUUGGGUUGGUUUUGUUCACUCUGGGCCAUGCAACAAUGUUUUUGGCUGUUUAGAAGAUGAGUAUUUUGAGCAGUGCAUGUGCUCCCGGGACUGUGGCUAUGAUGGGGAGCCAGUGUGUGGAUCAGAUGGGAUAAUUUAUCAGAACCAUUGCCAGAUGGAGGUAGCAUCCUGCAGGAAUAAUACAAGGAUAGAGCAGAUCCCUAUGUCUCAAUGUUCUGCCUCUAAGAAUUUGCCAGAAGAAAGAGAAACACAUUUCCAUGGAUUUGAGCCGCCUAGCAUUCAGCAAACUCCUGCAGAGGAAGGCCCUGCGCUCCAGUCAGACCUGUCCUACUACUCUUACGAGUACGACCCUUAUGCUUCUGAAGCUGACAUCUUUGAGGUUGCAGCAGAGCUGACAACAGCAAGCAGCACACUGAGAGAAGUGGACAAGAUUCAGGAAGUGGUGACUACAGUAGAAUGAAAUAAAUAAUUUAAAAUAAAAAGAAGAGGCUCAGAAUCAACUCCUGUACGAGUUUGUUCCUACAGAUGACCUGCUGCAGAACAGAAACCAAAUGACGACUACUUCCUGAUGCCCUCAGAAUUGUAGGCUUUGCCUCCUCAUGGGGGGCAGGAGCUCCAACGGGAUACGGUAGAUGGCUCUGCGCUGGAUCACUUCCGACGUUCCUCCCAAGCAAUCAUCCAAUCGGAAUUUCUCCUGAUCCUCUUGAGACAUCCGAGACAGCUUUUUCUGAACACUCUCCAACACGCGUAUUGUGGCCAGAUUGGUUUCCAAGACAACAUCCAACUGUUAAAGUUCACAAACGAUACAACAACUAAGAAAGGAUUCAGCAGCUGGUCUCUGCUCUCUUCUCCUAUGCUCAGAUCUGUACCUGUAUUUCAGUGUCCACUGGCUAGGAGUCACGGGCUUCAGUGAGGAUUCUCACAAGAUCGGUCACUCAGCGGAGAAGCAAAUGAAAGCUCUUUCACUCCAAGGAAGGAUUUGAACUGUGCAAAGAGUUCUGGGAAUUUCCUUAAAAAAUGAACAGACAUACCCCAAAGGGAGGAAAGCAUUGAAUCCUACAAUGAGGUCGGGAUGUUCAUGAAACAGCUGAGAAACCCGCCUGAUUACACCAGGAGUAUCAAUGCUAGAACCAAGAACAGGCUGUUAACUCCAUGUAAGGCAUUAAGUCACAAAAUAGAAGGUAAUCGGGAUGGAGUUAAACCUGCAGCAAGAAGGGACUCAUCUUCUGACACUACCAGAAAGCGAACCCUUCCAGGAAGUUUCUUCAUUAAGCUGUUUCCAUCAGAGAAGAUCUGCCGAAAAAGAAGGUUUUCAUCUCAGUUUGGCUGUUGAUGCUCAGUUUGGCAGCUCCCAGUACUUUCAAUACAGAAAUGUUACAUGAAUUGUGAUUCUGCAUCUCCCUGGCAUGCAGCUGAAGGAAUGAAGCAUGUUCCGUGUUGAACAUUGUCCCCGGCCCUUACCCAGCACGUCUUGCUUUAGCUCCUCAAUUCUCCCAGCGUUGAAUAAGUGAAAAGGCAGUUCGCUUAGCUUCCUCCGAUUUGCAACGGUAUCAGAGAACCAGAGUGGCUGAGGUGCUACCUGGUAAAGGGAGAAACAGGAGGUGAUCAAGGAGAACCCAGGACCAACUAAGAAGGAGGGAACUGAUGCAGAGGAUAAGCUGUGCACAGAAGAGGAGACUCUGGACUCCUUAAAGACCUCAGACCUAAGCAUGAAGAACACCCAAGAGUGGUGAGGAAAUGAGCAGGAGAAAGGCACAGCACAGCGUUCCAGGCUGGGGUUGGAGUCUUGGCACUCGAAGUAAAUAUUCUGGGACCAGUCCUUGUAGGAAUGCACCCCACAGCACUCAAACUGAGAGAGUGAAACAGAAGGAGGACCCUGGAGUAGCUGCUUGUUUACACAGGGCCCAGAUCCAUCAAAAAGAUUGGGCAACACCCUGCACCACCAUGUGGGAGUGACAUACAGGAAUGAUGGCGGAGGGUGAUUUGAAAACUGUCAGCCGGAGAUGGGCCACAAAGCUCAUCUCCAUGCUGUACUGGGAAGAGAGCAAUGACUGCCCAAUUACCCUGCAGUCACUUCGUUAGCUUUAUCUAAACUCCAGCUUGGUAACAGGAGGGAGAGGAAAUGGUACUUACUUGCUUCUUUAGAGAGUUUGGCAUAAAUGCCAACUGCAACCAUGAGCCCACUGGCCACCUAGGGAGGACGAAUCAGAGACAAACUCAUCAUUUUGCAAGAGGAAAAAUCCCCAACAGCAUCUAAUCCUGGGAGCAGGAGACAUUUGCCCAGCCAGAGAAGAGAAGCAGGACUUGCAGCCGCCCAAGGGGUGCCCAGAUGAAGGGAUACCAGAGGGCAAAUUAGCAGUUUACAAGGGACCUGCACCCUGCAAUCCUCACCACAGGGCCCUAGUAUCACAACUGGCCAGACUGAUUCUUCACUGGGAUGACUUUGAAAGUGGGUUUCCUUGCAAGCAGUGAUCUUGCUGCCCAGCCAGUGGCAGCCCCACCCUGGGAGUGGCAGCCCCAGCUCCGCUCAGACUCACCCAGAAGAGGUAACAGGAGACAAACAAAGUGUAUUUGAUGAGCUGGUUUGUUCUCAUGGUUCGUGUCGGAGUCUCUGAUAACAGUGCACCACUCUCCCAGCUGUGGAGUCCGUUUCUCUGCUGAUUCUUGGUGUCUGGGUCAUGUGCUCUAGGGAGUGUUACAGGCACAAAGGGAGAAGACUGACAUGUACAGUCAGGUUUGCCACGUGUUUCCUAGUGUAAGUCACUUACCUGUUUCCAGCUCUCUUGCAGCUGCAGUAGGACAGGCUGACUAGGCAAACUAAACUCCUGAAAUGAAGACCUCAGACACGCUGAAAGAAGAGGAGGCCAAGGCAAGGAGAAGCCCAGCAGUGAGGUGGGGCAGCAUUCUUCCAUUCAGGUUAUUGAGAGUAGGAGGAAGAGAAGCCAUUUGAAGAGAGAUUCUGCCCAAGCUGCCUGUGAAAUGUCAGAGGAGACAGGAAGAAACAGGUUUAGACUAGAUUCUGUGCAUCAGAGAGGCAGGUUCCCAGGAACUGGAGUUCCAGCCCCUUAUUCCUUGGGUAUGGCUCACUGAGAAGGAAGAGUGCUUGGCAACUGGAAUGAGGAGAGAGGCACUUGGAAUGGGAACCCUGCGAGAACUCACCCUUCACCCCCCCCCCACGUAAAAAAGAGAGAGACUCCUACAAUUUUUUUUUUAAAUCAGCCUUCAAAGUAAACACACUGAAAGGUGCCACAUGCCCAGCACUGGAGACAGACAAAAUUUCAUCAGAUUGAGCAGUACAUGCAGUGGCAAAGUGGGCUUCGUCUCACUGAGCCAGCCUGCACUCCUCACCAAACAUACCUCUCCAUUGCUGGGAACCUUCACUUAUUCCUGGUCUCCAUUCCUUAGGCUCAUCAUUCUGCUGCUGAAUUGGGUCAUCCAGGAGCUCUUGAGUUCUAGGCUCAGGAGGGAAGUGAGCAGCUAGGUGCUGGAGUAGGCUGGGUCAGGGGGCACUCUUAGUACUGCUGAGAAGCCAUUUGCAGAUAUAUUGGGCAUCCCAAGACUGGCCCAAACGUUCCAGGGAGAUGAGCUCUAGCAGAGGCUGACAGAGCAGAUGUCUCUCCACUCCAAGCUGUGCAGUUGCUCACGUGACUUGGAGACCAUGCACCAGGUGGCACCAUUGCAUUGCACCCUGCAGGAAAAUGAAUGCGGGGGCCUGAGAUCUUAUUUGUCCUCCUUAAGAAUCCCAAAUUGGGCUGUUUUGUAAGAGUCUGAACGAGGGUGAGUGUAUGUGAGAGAGAGGCUGUGAGGUCGAACGAGCAGUGUCUGCUCAGAGGUUUCAAAAGGAGAUAGGUAGGGCACUACCAAAUUCACAGUCCAUUUUGAAAAUGGACUUUUUUAAAUCAUAAAUUUCAUAUAUUUAAAUCUGAAAUUUCAUGGUGUUGCAGUUGUAGGGGUCCUCAGCUAAAAGAGUGUUGGCGGGAGGGUUUGUAAGAUUAUUGUAGGGGGGUCUCAGUAUUGCCAGCCUUUCUUCUGUGCUGCUAUUGGUGGUGGCACUACCUUCAGAGCUGGGUGGCCGCAGAGCGGCAGCUGCUGUCCAGGAGCCCAGUUCUGAACACCCCCGCCAACAGCAGUGCAGAAGUAAGAGAAGCAUGGGAUGGUA